UUCUCUAAAUCAUCCUCUUCUUCCCCUUUUAAUUUUCCACGAAUAUUUCUUCAUCGUUGAAAAUCACUGCAAAAAGCAAGUACAAUAGGGAUUAGGCGCAGAAAAUUUUGAAUUUUCGAAGAUGAUGCAGGAUUUGUGGAAUGCUCCUCCAGGAUCCAGGCCUUCUAAAUCGGCCCCAACAUCUCCGGCGAAGCCUCUUGGGGUUUCGAGAACUCGUUCUGAUUCCUUCCAUGCCAUCCAAAAAGUCCCAGUUGGCGACACUCCUUACGUUAGAGCCAAGAAUGUUCAAUUGGUGGAUAAAGAUCCAGAGAGGGCGAUUCCUAUGUUUUGGGCAGCCAUUAAUGCAGGGGAUAGAGUGGAUAGUGCUUUGAAAGAUAUGGCUAUUGUGAUGAAGCAACAAAAUAGAGCAGAGGAAGCCAUUGAAGCUAUCAAGUCACUGCGUAGUAGAUGUUCAGAUCAAGCCCAGGAAUCUCUCGAUAACAUUCUAUUAGAUCUCUACAAGAGAUGUGGAAGAUUGGAUGACCAAAUAGCAUUAUUGAAACACAAGCUGUAUUUGAUUCAACAAGGGCUUGCUUUCAAUGGGAAACGCACCAAAACAGCCAGAUCUCAAGGAAAGAAGUUCCAGGUCUCUGUGGAACAAGAAGCAACACGGUUGCUGGGAAACUUGGGAUGGGCAUUGAUGCAGCAAAACAACUAUAUCGAAGCUGAAGAUGCUUAUCGACUUGCACUUUCGAUUGCUCCAGAUAAUAACAAGAUGUGUAAUCUGGGUAUCUGUUUGAUGAAGCAAGGUAGAAUCAGUGAGGCUAAAGAAACUUUGCGAAGAGUGAAACCAGCGGUGGUCGAUGGACCGAGAGGGGUUGAUUCACAUCUCAAGGCCUACGAGAGGGCACAAGAGAUGCUCAGCGACCUUGAGUCUGAGAUGAUGAAUAAGGGAGUCGGUCGGGUCGAACAAAGCCGACUCUUCGACGCCUUCCUCGGUUCUUCAUCGAUUUGGCAGCCUCAGCCUUGCAGGGAUACUAUAAGCUUGCCAACGGAAAAAGCAGUCAAAUCAUUGGCACAUGAUGAUUUUGGUGACGAGAACAUCAAUUCCAAUAUAAUCCCAAACCAGAUGGUGAUUCCCCAGCAGAAAAAUGCAAAAACAGUUGCUUUUAACAUCGAUGCACCGCCGUUCUAUUCAGCUAAGUGUGUGAAGGAGCCAGUUGUGGGGAAUCAAUUGCAUGAGACCCUUAAAAGAACAAGGUCUGGGAACUCUGCAAACUCUAUGAGAGUGAAUGAAAUGGUGGGAGAACACUACAACAAGCCUGAGAUUAAGACCAGAAGGCUGUCCCCUUCAUCUGAAGACAAAUUGGCCGAUUUGUUACCAGAUAGCAAAGACUUUGAAGAGGCUAUUAUUGCUGCAGUUCUUGGCCCAACAAAUGAGCCACAAACCCCAAAGUUCUUUCCAAAGAAGAUUGACAAGAGGCUUAAGGUUUUCCAAGACAUUACUGUUUCUUUGAGUCCUAGAGCCUGACCUUAACUUAGUAUUAUUGUUAACUGUCUUAAUCUAAUCUACUUUCUUAAGCUCUUCUUUUAUGUUGGAGAUGGACUUGUUCUCCGAACCCCCUCUGGCCGAAUUCUGGUAGCAAAAGGGGACGCCUUUAUGCAUUCACAAGAUGUAUUCAUUCGUUACACAUCCAUCAAAAUAAUAGUAAUUUCAUCUCAGCAAUUGAAAAGUAGUUGUUUCUCUAUUUUCUUA